GCAAUUCACUCAAAAAUAAAUUAUAAAAAUAAUUCCUUUCUCCAAUGUAAAAUAAAAAUAUCUGAGAUGUCUCAUAAGAUAGGUUUGCACCCAUUUCAUUCACAGUAAAGGUUGGGUUCCUUGGUAACUACUCAGUUUGCAGUAUCGAUCCAACAAAAAAAAGACUGAGAUGAAAGCUAAACGUUUGUCUAAAGCUCAACAACUGUCUUUAACUACGCUCCCUCAAGCCAUCAUAGAAACCAUCCUAUGUCUUUUACCAACUGCAGAAGCAGCAAGGACAAGUAUCCUCUCAAGGGAAUGGAGGUACAAAUGGACCACUAUUCCUAAACUUGUGUUUUCUCAAUCUACUUUUAAAAAAUCAAUUGAAGCAGGGCCAUUGAUCUGGUCUGAUUGGGUGCAAAUAUCUGACUUAGAACGGGCAAGGAGAUACAAGGACAUGAGGUGUGAACUUUUCUAUGCUAUACACCAAGUUUUGUUACUACGCCAGGGUCCAAUACAUGAGUUCACUCUUUUGAUGAGUGCGGAUCGCACCUGUUUUGAACUUGAUCAGAUACUGCUUCAUUUGUCGAGGAACCAUACUAUCAAGAAGUUAACACUUACGCUUUAUCAUUCGGAUCCAUAUGGUUUACCCUUAUCUGUCUUCUCGUUGCAUCACUUAACGGACCUCUGUCUUGAAUAUUGUGCUAUCAACCAUAAACCUAUUUUCAAUGGAUUUGGUAGCCUAACAAGCUUAACCUUAAACCAAGUAAGGAUCUCUAGAGAAACUCUUCUGCAUCUUUUAUCUAAUUGUCCAUCACUUAAGAGCUUGUAUAUGGUUAUAGAUGAAGAAGAAUUUGUUGGUGAUGAAUAUCCAUUUAUGGAGCCAAGCAAUAUGGAGCUAUUCAAGUGUUUACCUAUGAUUGAACAUCUGACCACUUCUGGUUAUCUCAUUAUGUCGUUAGUUCAAGCCUCGAUUCCAGAAGAGCUUCCAGCCUCACUAAUCCACCUAAAAUGUUGUACUAUCGAAGAUAUGUGUUUUGUUGACGCCUAUGGAUUGCCUUUUCUUGCUGAUUUGAUCAAAUGCUCCCCGAAUUUGGAGAAAAUUAAGCUAGAGAUUAAUGCUGACUGUUGUAUUGAAACAAAGGGCGAUAAGUUGGAAGAACAUUCAGUUAACUUGGAAGAAUAUUCAUAUGUUUGGUUGGAGCAUCUGAAUGAACUGGAGAUUAGAAAUAUUUGUAACUAUAAGUCUGAGUUGGAGUUUGUGAAGUUUAUCUUGGCCAGGUCACCCAAUCUGAAGAAGGUUAUAUUGGUAACCUGGAUGGAUGAUAAAAAUGAAGAGUUUGAGAUGUUAAAAAUUCUCCUACGCGUCCCACGUGCAUCACCAGUAGAAAUAAGUGUUGAGAGUAAGUUUUGAGAGUUGCUGAAAAAGACUAUGAGGACCAUUAGAUCACUCAACUUUCUUGAGAACUAAUCUUGUAUUGCUAUUUGUAAUUCUGCUUAACUCAGAAAGAUUUUGUUGGACU